AUGUGGAAAGGCUAGUCGGGCUGGUGAAGGCAAACGGUUCAGUAACUUAUUCCGAUUAGGCGCACGAACGGCUUUCACUUUUGCUUCGCCCGCUCUCGAAUAUAGAAAAAGGCGAGUGAGAAACGAAUUGAUCGCCAUCUUUGAUAAUGUUUAAGAUAUUCGUGGUACUAUCUUUGAUCGUCUUAACAUUCGAAUAUGAUCCAGAUGACAAAUCAUUAGAUGAUAUUUUAUUACCAGAAGGGAAAUUUGAAGCCUUUUACGUAAAAGGAGAAGGGCAAAAUGCAGUUAGGCCACCUCAUCUUCAUGGCUCUUUCAACAAAUAUAGAAAUCCUGCACUUGUUGGAGCACCAAAUAGUGCAGCUUAUGGUUUUCGAUUUGACGGAAAACGAAGAUUCAAUUUUGAUUGAAAGGAAAUGUAAGAUUAACAAUUAUUUUCUUUAUAAGUAAAACUUUAAAUGGAAUGGAAAUUUGUAAUUUUGUACUGUUUUCUAACUCAUAACUUAUACUAACAUGAUGUAAAGUGUCUUUUAACUAUAGAAAGUAGAGUAAUAAAAAGUAAACGAUAACUUACUUCAUAGCCAAUUUUUCAAACGAAUUAUAGUAGUCAUGAUCCAAAAAAGUAACUUAAUAUAGAAAAUAAAAAAUCUCAGUUC